AUGGAGAAGGAUCCGUGGAUUGGUGUCCUCUGCGCGUUGAUCUCAAUGAUCACGUUUGGAUCGACCUAUGUGCCUUUGAAGUGGUUCGACAAAGGCGACGGUAUCUACUUCCAGCUGGUGCAAUCCAUUGGUCAGCUGAUGGUCGGUAUUGUCGUUUCAUUACUAACCGAGCCUUGUGCAAUUCAUCCGAUUGCAAUGCUUUCCGGAGUAUUUUUUUCAAUCGGAAAUUCACUCACAAUAUUCAUAAUGGAAGGAGUGGGAAUGUCGAUUGGAUACUUGCUUUGGAACACCAUGACUUGUGUUACCGGAUGGGCGGUCACCAGGUUUGGGCUUUUUAUGAACCCGAAACACGUUCCCGAAAUUGACUGGCUCAAUAUUCUUGGAGUUAUUACAGUAUGUGUCGGAGGUGCAAUUUAUGCUCCAAUUAGGCAUAUUCCACCAAAAGUGCGACCCGCGCCAUGGUCUAUCGAUGAAUGCUACAAGUCGAAUCUGUUCACCACUGAAAUCUCGACACCUCGUCGAAUUCUUUGCUUAUUUCUAACAAUUUUUGUCGGGUUUUUGUAUGGAAACUUUUUAACACCAAUGAUGUAUAUUAUCAACAAUGAGCCUGGCUCACGACAGGAUAUCGAAGCUUACAUUUUAUCAUAUUGUCUUGGAUCCUUUGCGACUUCAGUCAUUAUUUUCUUCUUCUACGCUGUUGCCAAGAAGAAUAUGCCAUUUGUGAAUCCAGAGAUCACAAUGCCUUCAAUUAUUUCUGGAAUAUUGUAUGGAACAGCAGUAACCACAUUUUUCAUAUCAAAUCAGCAUUUAGAUCCGGUGAUUGCCUAUCCAAUUCUUUCAAAAGCCCCUGGAAUUAUUGUCAGUCUAUGGGCCAUUUUCUUGUUCAAAGAAAUUCAAGGCAAAUUCAGAAUAAUUCAACUUUAUGUCGGUAUAGUCGUCACACUAAUUGGAAUCACAUUCAUUUCGCUAUCAAAAGUUCGAUUUUGA